AUGGGUAUAAAACCAUCCCUUGAUGAUUCUGAAAAGGCUGUUAUUGUUUUGUUGAAUAAGCAAAAGAUGUCAAUUUCUGAAAUUAUCAGAAAGAUAGGUAGAUCACAUGCUGUUAUUGCUAAGUACAUAAAAGAUUCUUUAAAAUAUGGUAAAAAAAGCCUUCUGGCCUUGCUUUUAAGGCCUCUCUUAGGGCGUGGUCAAGAUUAA